AUGGAACAAGAAGAAGACAAAUCACCAAGGUCACCAUUCUGGCUUCCAAAACCCAACACCAACCGCCGUCUCCGCCGCUCUUACUCCAUCUUCAUAACAUCAACAUCCUUCCUCGUACUUCUCUUCAUAACAUCCCUCGUUUUCGCACUUGUCGUGGUCCCCACUUUACGCUCUUUCACUUCCAUCGUCUUCAAACCCCAAACGGUUAAACACUCUUGGGACUAUUUAAAUCUCAUACUCGUUCUCUUCGCUGUCGUUUGUGGCUUCCUUACUAAAAACGACACCAACGACACACAAACGACGCAAACGCAUACUCCGCGUUUUGAUAGAAGCUUCUCGAACCCCGAUACACCGCCGUCGUGGUAUCGGGAUUCUAAUCGGUCGUUUAACCGACUCAGAAGCGUUGGAUCUUAUCCCGAUCUUCGGCAACCACCGUCGGAGUUGAUUGCCGAUGAGGAACGGUACCGGUUUUAUGAUGAUACUCAUAUUCAUUUCCGUCAUCGGUUCUCGAGAGUUGAAGAUGCAGAUGAAGUUUAUCGGGAGACGGUUACUUCCGGUGAAGUUUGUUUAUCUCCGAUGUGGUUCCCGGAGAUGAAGCCAGUGCUGGAUUCUCGAAUUGAUCCUGUUCGAGGAAGUGUGGAGCGUGUAUAUGAAGUGGAAACGAUUGAGAAACCGGAAAUAAAUUAUUCCGUUACUGAGAAGUCAUUACCGCUUCCGCCGCUGCAACCCCGACCGGUGGUGAGGAAAAAGAAAACUAGAAGUGCAUCUACAGAAAAUGUAGCUACGGUCACUUAUGAGGAAUUUUCACCGCCGCCGCUACAACCGCUACCGGUGGUGAGGAGAAAGAAAACUAGAAGUGCAUCUACAGAAAACGCAGCGACGGUUACUUAUGAGGAAUUUGCCUCGCCGGAACUAAAUCAGCAUCCGGCGCCUCCGGUGACGAGAACGAAACCUGUUCGACGAUCAUAUCAAUCGGAAACGAUCGAUGAAUUUGAACGUAGUGAUUUUGCGGCAGAGAGUUCUCAACCGCCGCCGGUAACGGAUGAGAAGAAGAUGGGGAUUCAGCUUAAGAAGAAAAGAGGGAAUGCAACUAAAGAGUUUUUAACCUCAUUGAGAAGAAAGAAGAAGAAACAGAGGCAAAAAAGUGUUGAGAAUUUUGACACCAUUCAAAAUUCUCCUCAACCUUCUAUCUAUGUUUCACUACCACCGCCGCCGCCGCCACCUCCUCCACCGUCGGUUUUUCACAACAUGUUCUAUGCCAACAAGAGCAAACACAAAAAACACUACCUUGUUCAACCUCAGCAACCAAACAAGAGAGAACAUUCUAAUUAUAGAUUGGAGAAAAAUGUGGUGAUUACUGGUAAUGAGUCACCCUUGAUUCCUAUCCCUCCGCCACCGCCGCCUCCACCGUUUAAGUUACCAGCGUGGAAGUUUAAAGUUCAGGGUGACUAUGUUAGGGUUGAUAGCAUUGGAAGUUCAAGGAGUGGUUCACCGGAUUCAGAUGAAAAUGUUGAGUCGCCAAUUAGUCGAGAUGAAUCGAACCAAGGUAGUAGUAGUCCCUAUGGUCAAGAUGGUGAAGAGAAUGGUGCUGAAAUUGGGAAUGCAAGUGAAGCUUCAUUGUUUUGUCCUAGCCCAGAUGUUGAUACCAAAGCUCACAACUUUAUUCAGAAUUUCAGAGCUGGGUUGAGGAUGGCCAAGAUGAAUUCCAUGAGGGAGAAGCAGGGAAUUGGGAGGUCUAAUCUUGGUCCUUUACAAAACUAG